UUCGUACAGAGUAGUCGUCGUAAUGGCCGAGGUUGGGUGGGAACAUUGCAUUAAAGACUUGAAAGGGGUUGUGUUAGACAUGUGUGGCGUUUUAUAUGACAGCGGGAAAGGAGGAGGAGUGCCUAUUCCUGGCUCUAUAGAAGCGGUUAAAAGAAUCAAGGCGUCUGACCUGAAGCUGCGGUUUUGCACCAACGAGACCCAGGCCACCAGGGGGCGCUUUGUGGCGAAGCUCCAGAAGCUGGGAUUCGAUAUCUCCGUCAGCGAGGUCUUCUCCCCGGCCCCUGCGGCCCUCAGCAUCCUGGUGCAGCGCGGCCUCAGACCACACCUGCUGGUGCACGACGAUGUUUUGCCUGAGUUUGAUGAGGUAGACAAGUCAAACCCAAACUGUGUGGUCAUUGGAGAUGCAGCCGAUAAUUUCUCCUAUCAGAAUCUCAAUGACGCAUUCAGGGUUCUCAUCGGACUAGAAAAGCCUAUACUUUUUUCCUUGGGAAGAGGCCGCUAUUACAAAGAGACUGAUGGCCUGAAAUUGGAUGUUGGGGUCUUCAUGAAAGCAUUAGAGUAUGCCUGUGAUAUCGAAGCUGAGGUGGUGGGAAAACCAGCAAAGAUGUUUUUCCUGAGUGCUCUGGCAGACAUGGGUGUUGAACCUCAUGAGGCCCUCAUGAUCGGAGAUGAUCUGGUGAAUGAUGUCGGUGGCGCUCAAGACUGCGGCAUGAAAGCUCUGCAAGUCAGGACAGGGAAGUACAGGCCCAGUGACGAGCAGCACCCCACAGUGAGGGCAGACGGAUAUGUUGACAGCCUGGCAGAGGCAGUAGACAUCAUUCUCAAACACAGGGCUCAGUAGGACCCCACGCACCCCAAGGGAAGGGGCUUCCGCUUGGAGUUGUACAGUGCAGAUUGAUGUUACAUAUUCCCCACUCACAACACUGUUAACCCUAGAUAAAAGUAUAUGCAAAGAUAUAAUGUUAUUGCUUACCCAAAAUUAAAUAAAUAUACUGUAAGGUGGGUAGAUGAGUAGAUUGACCUAAGCAAAUUAAAAAAAAAUGUAGGGAAAGCCACAUACUGUAGUUUCAUGUUCCACGCUGUUUAACUGGAAAUGUUAAUGCUUUUUGUUUUGAGUGCUGAAAUGAUUUUUGGAGUUUGAUGUGGGUUGGUGACACUAAAAAAGACAGAAGUGGACACAUAGAUUUGACUUGCACUAAUGUAAACUUUGAGUAGUUGAAAAUGCCAAUGUAGUGUACAUUUCUUGUUCUAAGUAAAUAUCACCCCUAUACAUGUAUUCUGAGGCAGCUAACAUAAUUAAGCAUUGUUUGGUCGAUACAAGGUGUGAUACUAUUGCUGUACUUCUUCAUUAGUGUAUCAGUACUACCAUACACUUUACAAUGAAUGAGGGAAUACUCGUGAUUUGUAUUUCAAUAAAAAAUAGAAAAAAAAAUCUGUGAA